AUUCAAACAGUAAAUAAAACUAAAUAGUAAAUUUAUUCUUUGUGGAGUAUGUGAUUUGUAUUAUAGCUAAAUUUUAAAUGAGAUAAAAACUCUAAUUAUGUCUGCAAAUUCGAUAGAACUAAGUUCAUAUCGCGAUCAGCAUUUCAAAGGUUCAAGGAACGAGCAAGAAAAGCUUCUUAAAGAUACAAGUACAUUAUAUGUAGGAAAUUUAUCGUUUUACACCACGGAAGAGCAAAUAAAUGAACUUUUUUCGCGAUGUGGAGAUGUAAGAAGAAUAGUAAUGGGCCUUGAUAAGUACAAAAAAACCCCUUGUGGGUUUUGUUUUGUUGAAUAUUAUACUCGAAAUGAAGCUGAAUUUUGCAUGAGAUAUGUUAAUGGGACAAGACUUGAUGAUCGGUUGAUUCGAGUUGAUUGGGAUGCUGGUUUUAUUGAAGGCCGCCAGUAUGGUAGAGGAAAAUCGGGUGGACAAGUUCGUGAUGAAUAUCGAACUGAUUACGAUGCUGGAAGAGGAGGGUAUGGGAAGCUUUUACAACAGAAAAUUGCACCAAAUACAGCUGCAAUUGUGUAAAUUGUCAUCAUAUCCUAGUGUAUCUUAUUAGUUCAUAUUUUACAAUAAAUCUUUUUUAUUUUUAAACGCCUGAA